AUGAUAUUUCUUCUUGUUCUAGGGACAAUCCUCAUGGUUUCUGGUCAAUCUAUGGUGUUGUAUUCUCGUCUUCAUCUAGUAAGGCAAGAACCCCUUGUUCUCCGAUCUGUCCUUCUUAUGAUCAUUAUUUUCGGGACUGUUACACACACCCCAACCAUGGUGUUUCAAUUUGGUACUACUGCGAAACCCCUCAACCUUAUCACAUGGUUCAAAGUUCUCUUCGUUUGGAGGAAAGUCGAAAUGACGAUGUUUUGUAUCGAAGAGUCAAUUAUUUCGGGCUUAUAUAUCCACGCAGCCAUCAGCUUUUUUAGGCUCAAAACAUCCGCCCACGGAAACCCAGUAAAGGACCUGGCCACACCUCUUCUAGUGGUCAAUGGGUUUGUUAUAUUCCUCGACCUGACGUUACUUGCGUCAACUUUCGCCUCUUUACCUACGGCUCAGCCAGCAUACAGAGCACUCGUAUACAGCGUUAAGUUAAAGGUCGAAAUCAAAUUACUCAACUCUCUCGUUAAGAUUACACAGCAUCCAACUGUCUUGACACUUCCAACUAUUCCACGAAGUUCAACGUCGGGCACUCCAGUAGCAAAUGGCCAAGAGAUGUCAUGA